UCUGGUUGUUGAAGCCAAUGAGGGCCUGAGCCAGGGGACUGCAUACCCCUCCUCCUUACUGAAUUAUACCCGUCUUAACAACAGGCUCUCUGUCAUCAAAACUGCCAGCAAGUCUGCCCCAAAACAGUAAGUAGCCAGAGCGCUUCAACCUUAAAUCAGUAAAGGGGUUUGAGCUGCAGAGAAGAGCAGAGAUCCUGGCAAAGAGAUCUGUGAAGAAGGUCUGGCCCAUGUUCUUCACGGUGAGAUAUGGAGCUGAUUGCCAAGCAAUUUUCAAUUUGCGCUGCCGGAUCCUGAACCUCACCGCGCACCUGAAGAGGAAGUGCCAGUGCAGGCAAGAAGAUUGCAUUGACCUUCUGGAUGAAGCAGGGAUCCUGAUGAACCUGAGUGAGGUGGAAAAUCCUGCAUCUGAACUGGCCAGUAAAUACCUCCGAGAAAGGCAGUGCUAUAUCCUCAUCAGAGUAAUCCGAGGAGAUCAUUCUGAACCUAUCUACUAUGAAUCCUUGCUGGAAAACCUGGGAAAAUACCACCCUGAGCUACCAGAACGACUGCACAAGUUGUCAGUGAACCCUCAGCUGAAAGACAACGGGAGGAAGAGUUCCAUACAGAGAAAGAUUCGACCACUCAAGGAACCCCUUGUGGCCUCCCCAGCCAGGUUCAGAAGCACCCCACAGAGUAAGAAGGGCUCUGCUGUAUCAGGGACACACAGAUAAGUUAUCUCCCCUGCAGGAACAAGGGCUGGGGAAGUCUCAUCUCAUUUGGAAGAGACCCUAUGCAGGAAGAAAGUGAAGUACUGUUGGUGAGCAGUCAGCCUGCAGAGUUAGAGGUGAAAGCUCAUCAACCCCACACAACAUCCUCAUCACAGCCAGAAACACUCUGCAACCUCCUUAAAGUGUCCAGCAUCACACUGUCCUCUGAACCACUGAACUUUGAGCCUCAACUGCCAUCCAGUGGGACAGAAGCUAAUGCUAAAAAAAAAAAAGUUUAGUAUUACGGUGGAGCAGGUUCCUUCUGCAAGAAGGGGCCACAUCUAUAGUCUUUGCUACAGAAUGCACUGAAACAAGAGACAUUUAAUCUGAAAUGAAGCAUGUUUUACAAAGAGUAGCAUAUUCUAACUAUCCCCAGUGAAAAGGGUUAAAGGUUUUCUGAUCUGUGAGAGUACACAGAACUGAUGUAUACUAAACAAACAUAUUACUCUUGUAAUCUGAAAUCUGGCUCUUCUCUUUCAAAUCAGAGCAAAUCAAACUCUUAAAAUGCAAUGUGUGGUACCAAGUCCAUUGUUUUACUUUGCUACCAUCACAAGUAAACAUCUG